AUGGCCGAUGAACAAGAGUCUGCUGUUGCUGAGGAAAUAUCAAAAGCUUUGGAUAUUGGCGUAGAUGAGUUGGACGACCAGGAAUUUGACUUGCCUCCUGUGGAGGUUCCACCCACCUUGGAAAGCAUCCUUAAUGAGCCUGAUGACCAUGAACUCUUAAUAGAUGAUGAGGAUCUGAGCUGCCUGACCCAACUGUACAAAGAGGAUUCUGUGGAGACCUCCUCCAUGUCCAGUCAGGACAGUUUAAUCUCAGAUCGACCCAGACUCAGAGCAGGACACAAGAAGGCUGGUUCUCUUGAGAUUCAUGGUUCAGUCCUUAAACCCAGCAAAUUGAAAAACAUUUCUGCUCAAUUGAAAUCUGCUGCAAACAGAGUAAAUGCAGGAAAACCAUCUGCGAUUGCAGUGUCAGCUCUGAUUGCUAUUGGAACAUCACAUGGACUUGUGUUGGUGUUUGAUCCUCGUCAAGUGUUGAAAUGGUGUUUGGGGAGUACUGCAGUAGGAGCUCAAUAUGGAUCUGUCUCUGCCCUCAGUUUCAACAGGGAUGUGUCUCGUCUGCUUUGUGGGUUUGCAAAAGGACAGAUUACAAUGUGGGAUCUUACCAAUGGGAAGUUACUCCGAACAAUCACUGAUGCUCAUCCUCCAGGAACUGCAGUCCUGCAUAUAAAGUUCACUGAUAGUCCAGUGAUUGCUGUCUGCAGUGACAGUGGUGGAUCUGUAUUUGAGUUGGAAUUCAAGCGAUUGAUUGGAGUGAGAACAUGUGAAUCCAAAUGCCUCUUUUCUGGAAGCCGAGGCGAGGUUUGUACCAUUGAACCACUGCAUAUGAAUUAUACCAUCCAGGACCAUCCUAUGCAGGAAGUGAUGGUUUUAGCCAUGGCUUCACUUUCAAAGGUUCUUAUUGUAACCUUACGACCACAGUUGAAGAUUAUGUUUACUCAUCCACUUAAGGGUAAACCGUCCACCCUGCCUUUGUUGGCUUGGCAGUUUGUCAUUAUUCAGAUUUCAGAAAGUGAUCGAGUCAUUGAUCCUGUCCUUGCUUUUGCCCGGGAUAAUACAAUUUAUUUUUAUCAAGUCAUUUGUCAUAGUGGUCAGGAUAUCCGAUGUUCUGGCUUACAGAAAAUUGAGCUUCCUUAUCAACUCCUCUCGAUCACUUGGAUGAACCCACGGACAUUGGUCACUUUAGACACCACAGAAAAAAUACAUGUGUUUGAUGUGAAAUCUGAGGAAGAACUUGAAAUGAUUGAUAUUGCAGAUGUGCAGAUGGUCUAUAGUUCCAGCCAUUUUAAGUCAUUAGCAACUGGAGGAAAUGUCAGUGAAGCUCUGGCAUUUGCCGGAGAGCAGGCAUGUUACCAGUCAGUGGUCAGCCAUGGGGGUCAGUUAAUUGUUUUAGGAACAGAAUCCGUGACAGUCUUCUCUCUGAGAUCUUGGAUAGAGCGUAUUGAUGUUCUUGUAAAGCAGAAUAAACACCGAGAAGCAUUGGCUUUGGCUCUGUCUUUCUAUGAAGGCAAAGCUAAAGCUGUUGUGGGUCUGAUGGGAUCAACAAAGAAGAAAAAGUGUGUUGUGAAAGACAUGAUGCUGAAUUUGCUGUUUGAAUUUGUUGACUUAUCGAUGACCCAGUUUUGUCCCGAAAAGGGAAAGAUCGAAGAACUGGAAGAUUAUUACCAAGGAAUUGUUCCUGUUUGUGUUGACUAUUGCCUCUGUUUAGAAUGUGUAGACAUUUUAUUUGGCCGCAUCUAUGACCGUUUUGGGAUGGAUGUCAUAGCCAGAGGUACUUUCCUUGAAUGCCUGGAGCCUUAUAUUCUUAAUGACAAGUUGAAUUCAAUUCCACCAACUGUGAUGAAGGAUUUUGUUGAACAUUAUGAGAGCAAAGGAAUGCUUGAAAAUGUUGAGGCCUGCAUUGUUCAUCUGGAAGUGACCAGCUUAGAUAUUCACCAUAUUGUUCAUUUAUGCUGGAACCAUGGAUUAUAUGAUGCCAUCAUUUAUGUGUACAACAAAGGCAUGAAUGAUUACACAACACCUUUGGAAGAAUUGGUGCUUGUUUUGGAGGCUGCUGUCACAACUGGCAAACAACUCACAGAUGAUCAAAUAAAACUUGGAAACAAAUUGCUUGUUUAUAUAAGCUACUGUUUGGCAGGAAGAGCCUAUCCACUAGGAGACAUUCCUGAAGAAUUUCAAUCAGAUGUAAAAGACCAGGUUUUCAAAAGUGUAAGUUGUUUACAUCGAAGCAAACCAAAAGAAGCUGAACCAGUUUAUCCGCAUUUAAGAACUCUCCUUCAUUUCGACACACGGGAAUUCCUUAACGUGUUGGCUUUGGCUUUUGAAGAACCAGAAUUCAAUACAAGUGAAGGUAUCCAGAAACGCCAGAGAGUAAUAGAUAUCUUACUUCAAGUCAUGGUCGAAAGUAUUGGAUUCACACCCAGCCAAAUUGGGACAUUGUUCACAUUCCUUGCUCGUCAGAUGGCCCGUCAUGAGAACACCAUUUUGGUGAACAGAGUCCUGUUUGAACAGGUUCUUGAAUUUUUGUCUAACCCAGAUGAAAUCACCCGCCACGAGGAGAGACAACAGGCCAUGAUGGAAUUACUCAUGGUUGGAGGCUUAAACACAUUCGAUGACAACAGACUUUUACAGUUAGCAGAAAAUGCAAAAUUCUACCGUGUCUGUGAAUUUGUCCAUGAAAAGAAUCAGCAAUAUGAUAAAAUUUUAGUUUGCUACUUGAAAGAUUUUGCAAGAAGGCAUUUGGUAUUCCCCUAUAUCAAUCGUAUUCUCCAAGGUGACAGUUAUGGCCCUGAAGACAAAGCCUCAGUUCAUAAAGCAGCUCUGGAAAAUCUUAAGGACUUAGUCAAUAUUGAUUGUAAAAAGGCUGCUAAAGUGGUGCUCUACAGCCUGUCUAGUAACCUUGGGGAUGUUGUCCAGCAGUUACAAGAUAGGCCUCAAAUCCUCUUCAGUUUCUUACAAGGUGUUCUUUCUUACAAAGAAUCAAGUGGUAGUGCUCUUAAUCCAGAAAAGCAAAUAACCAUUGAUCCUCACAUUUAUGAACUAUACAUUGACCUUUUAUGUCAGUUUCAUCCUUCCAAUGUCUACAAUUUUAUUAAAACUUUCGAAGGAUAUCGAGUAGAACAGACAUUGCAGAUUGUCCGCAAUUAUGACCUUCCUCAUGCCACUGCCCAUUUGUUGGAGAAAACAGGAGAUGUUAUUGGUGCCUUCCAAAUCAUGCUGAAGACUUUGCAAGCAAAAGUGAAUAAUUUCACUGAUAACACAAUUUCAAAGAAGUUGAGCAAAGCAGACACCAUUGUCCAAUUCCAAGAUCUUCAAGCAAACCUUUUAGUUGUGAUCCAGUUGUGUCAAAGAAAUUCUGGGAAAAUGGAUGAAGUUGGCCGAGAGUCAAUGUGGUUUCCUUUGUUGGAAUCUAUGAUGACACCACAACGUAAGUUAAAAGAAGUUGAAGACAAAGAGAUCAUUGGUGAUAUUCGUGAGUUGACUCAUCAUUUGCUGAACAGCAUGAUGGGAUACAUCGCCUUACCUGCCAUUUUACAGAAGAUAAUGCAAGAUCCAGCUUAUAAUACAGGAAAAUUUGGAGAAGUAAAAGAAAUGGUUUUAGGAAUGUUGGAAACUUAUAACUAUGAGCAGACGCUGAUGAUGACUUGCAAGAAUUUGCUGAACCAUGAUUUGCACAUGCAUCUAAGAAGUUUAAGGGCAGAAGCUGUUCGAGGAUUCCUGCCACUUUCUGAAAUCUGCAGUCUUUGUAACAAAGCACUGCCACAAACUAUGGACAGUGAUUUAAUUAUCAUCUUCAGGUGUGGCCAUAGCUAUCAUACGGGUUGUCUUCGAGGGAUUGGCUCACUACACAUCAUUGAUGGGGAAGAACUUUGGAGCUGCCACUUAUGUAACAGUUCCAAAAGAGGUCGUACUCAGAGCACCAGAUUCCACAAAGCAUCGAGUAUUUGCAAUUCUUCUGCUCAGCAAAUGCCUGGCCUAGAAACUUCCAGAGCCAAAGAGGAAUAUAUUGACCCCCAACAUGCGCAAGCAUUUGAAAAUCUGCGGAAAUCUAUGAAAACACCCUCAAGGUUGGCCAUUCUCACUGAACUAUCCAAGACAAGUAGUUCGCAGACAUCUAUGAGACGUGGCACAAGCAUUCUUCAAAAUGAAAACUUCAAUCUUCGACUGGCACCUCCGAGAUCAGAGAUCUUUUCCUGA